GAGGUCAGGCUGUUGGAUUGGCCCAGUACGAAUACUGGGUAUGUGGACAUGAAGCAGUGCGCCUGGCUGGGCUAUCCGCUGGAUUACUAUCUCAAGGGCGGUGUCUAAGGAGGACAUCUCCUAGCAUACAUGUCACGUAAAGAAGCUGGCCACCAAAAUAUUAAUAGUUCCACCGUUCCUACUCCAUUGUGCAGAUCACUGGCGUGCAGUAUAGAUUUAGAGAGCGUGAGGCUGAAGCCACCUUUCUCCGUGAUUGGCUGCAGUCGAGCUAGUCACUCAACCGGUAUGCCUCUCUCAGCCUCGUCGAGACAAUUUAAACCUGGACAACACUUCAAUUGAGUUUCAUCCGCUUUUCCCCUCAACCACAACAUACUUUCAACGCUCGAAAAAAUGGCUUCUGGUUUCAGCCUUCACCAACGGGGUAGCAAACUCAACGAUGGUACGAUCGCUGGAAUCACGGGUAAGAUGUGGAGACUGGGCCAUCAGAGUCAGCCGGACCGCGGAUGUGGGAGCUACUCUGGCUCAUCUGCGAGUGAUCCGGGUCAAGCCCAGGUCGAAGAUGUUUCUCAAGUCGAGGAGGACUGCAUGUGUGCCUCCUAUGCCACACGAUUGGAAAGUUGCCGUACGCAUCGCAGCAAUGAUAUUAAGGAGGUACGUCGCGGUCCGUAUCAUACGAAGAGCAUCUUCAGGAAAGGAAGCUUGAGCUACGAAUGUACAGGGGUUAUACCAGACUGGAACAGACAGACCCUGGUGGUGAGCCCGUGGGAUGUGGAAAUCGUCCCUAAUCCGAUCAUCUUUCCUCACCUACAUGGCUCGCUGGUAAGAAUCAGCCAUUCACCCGGCGAGAAAUGUCUGGCCCGAUGUAUGACCGCUUCCCCGCCCGCCCCUCGAAGUGUCCGGACUAUAAGACAGAGCGCAGAGUUACAAUCUACAUUCGGCAACGGGAAGUCUGAAAGACCUGAUAAGACGAGCGGAGAGACUGUCGUCGAACAAAUUGCGAUCGCUGAUCAGACAUUGUCACUAAAUAUCUUGCCAAUUCAUGGGCCAUCCAUAGGCGGGAACCCACAGUUUUUGUCCUCUCCACUGCCUUCUGAUGAAGCAACAGCGGACGAGCUCGACACAGUGUUUUCUCCACCACCGACAAUGACCAAGAACGAAGAUCUCAGGCUCCAUACUUGUUUGGUGUGCCAGCAACGUUUUCAAACCACUACACUCGCGCCCACCAUCGUCGAUACAGAUGCGGUACCUGUGACUCGGCCUUCAACCUUCGCGUAGACCUAUAUCGUCAUUAGACCACCGUCUACUCGCAGCCGGGAGCGAAGUUUGUGUGCUCCAAUGCGCACUGCACGAUCAGAGGCAAAGUGUAUAAGCGCAAGGACAACUUCAAUCGAAAUGUAAGACGCUGUCAGGAAACAUAAAAAGGGCAGGAGGAGUACAUAUCUGGGACACCUGGACAUUGGCUGACAUGAAUCCAGCGCUUCAAUACCCCGUUACGUUAUGCGAAUAUCUCGUGCCACAGAACUCGCAAGUAACAGUGUGAAGACGAGACAAUC